CUUCUAUACUAUUUAUUUGAAACAGAAAUACAGAGCACCAUUUGGAAACAGAGAUAUAAAAGACCCAUUUUUGGUAAUACAAGUGAUGGAAAUGGCACAAGAGUUGCAUGUUCUGGCUGUUGAUGAUAGUCAUGUUGAUCGGAAAGUUAUUGAGCGAUUGUUGAAGAUUUCUUGCUGUAAAGUUACGGCAGUGGAAAGUGGAACGAGGGCUUUGCAGUAUUUGGGGUUGGAUGGAGAGAAGAGUUCUAUGGGGAUCGAUGGUUUGAAGGUAAAUCUGAUACUGACGGACUAUUCUAUGCCUGGGAUGACUGGCUAUGAACUUCUCAAAAAAAUCAAGGAAUCAUCGGUGUUGAGCAAGAUCCCCGUUGUUAUUAUGUCAUCUGAAAAGAUUUUACCUCGCAUUGAUAGAUGUUUGGAGGAAGGUGCUGAAGAAUUUCUCCUGAAGCCUGUUAAGCUGUCUGAUGUUAAACGUCUACGAGACUUCAUCCUGAGAGGCGAAGGGGAUGACAACAAAGAAACAGAGAAGAAUAUCAAACAAGUAUGUUCUAGAAAAAGAAAAUUUCUAGACGAUUCAACCACACAAUCAAUGCUAUCUGCUGUAGUUACAGUCCAUGACAUUGAGUCGUCAUCACCAGAAUCUUCAGCAUCAUCAGAAUCUCAACAGCCUUUGUCAAAGCAAUCCAAGAUUGGAUAGCGCAGGAUAUAGAAGAUAUGACCCAGAUACAUAAUUUUUUGCUG